UCCGCGCCGCCGCCAUCAUGGCCCGCCAGCCCCGGGGACCGGCCCUGCCGCCCGCCCUCCGGCGCCCCGAGCCGCCCGGACGGGACCCGCCGCAACGACGCCGGCCCGUUGCAGGACCAGCCCUGCCUCCCGGCUAUAAGAGCAGCAGCUCAGAAGCUUCCGACAGCGAAGCCGACAGCGAGUGUUCGCCGCCGCCGCACGCAGGAGCGAGCCGGGAUUCCGAAGAGGAGCGAGAUUCCGGCCCCACUCCCAGAAAACGGAGGUGCUCUCAGGAGACGGAUGACGAAGGCUUUUUCGGACCUGCACUUCCUCCUGGAUUUAAAAAAGAGGACGAUUCUCCACCAAGGCCCAUUAUAGGUCCCGCAUUGCCACCUGGUUUUCAGAAAACUUCACAGAGUGGGGGGAAAAACCGAGAUGAUCGAGAACCUCCAGUUCCUUCGGAUUCCAACUCUGAGGCAUCAGAGAGCAGUGAAGAUGAUGAGAUGAUCGUCGGUCCCAUGCCUGCUAAAGGACCGUUCGAAUUCAGCGUCGCCGAAGAGUUUGAACGCAGGGCUCAGAGGAUGAAAGACAAACUGACCUCAGGAGAUGAUGACGGAGCCAAGCCAGUCACCAGGGAGUCAUGGAUGACCGAACUUCCUCCAGAACUGAAGGGCUUUGGCCUGGGCCCAAGGACUUUCAAAAGAAGAGCGGAGGACAAAUCCGGGGAUAGAUCGAUUUGGACCGACACGCCAGCUGACCGAGAGCGGAAAGCUAAAGAGACCCAAGAUGCCAAGAAGUCGAUUAGUAAGGACGAUGAAGAACGGGUAUUAUCUGGAAGGGACAAGAGACUAGCCGAACAAGUGUCUUCCUACAAUGAUUCGAAGAGAUCCGAAUCUCUUAUGGACAUCCAUCACAAAAAAUUAAAGAGCAAAGCAGCCGAAGAUAAAAACAAGUCUCAAGAGAGAAGACCCUUUGACCGAGAGCAGGAUCUCAAAGUCAACCGGUUCGAUGAAGCUCAGAAGAAGGCCCUGAUUAAGAAAUCCAGGGAGCUGAACACCAGGUUUUCACAUGGCAAAGGAAAUAUGUUUUUAUGAGACAUGAAUGCUGGAAGUUUGAAGCCCAACGUCAAACUCUUUAAAUAUUUUGCUACCUUAUCUGUAAAUACCUCUUUCAUUUGUAUGUAUUUCCGAAUAUUUAAGGAGAUGACAUUGUCAGAACUAGUUUUCUGUUCAAAGCUUUUAUUUUGGAAAUUCAUCCUUGAAAACACAUUAAGGGAAAACUUCAUGGGCAGAAAAGAACUGUGCUAGUGGCAGAUUGUAAAUACAGUUUAAAUCUGGUGGAGAGACGGUGAUGUUCAUGAUUUGGAAAGCAGGUCUUUUCAACAGUAUUGUUAUCAAAAAUAAACCAACCACAACGCAAUGAAAUUUAUCCCAAAAGUUUUUAAAACGAUAAUCCUGCACGUCUUUGCCAUGUCCUAUAGUUAAGGACUGAAUUUCUCGAGUCUGGCAUUCAGUGCAUCCAGGAGGUAUUAUUGCCUUGGCAUCUUAUGCAUCUAUUUGUUUUAUAAUCAAUAUAUUUUUUAACCUUUUUGUUCCUUUAAUAUUCCGGGUGAGAUUUGAAGAACAAAGUUUGCAUCUAAGGAUAA